GGGGCACGUCGCGGGUCGUGGCGACGCCCUGGGAGAAGCUGACGGGGACGGCGGCCCGGCCGGCUCUGCGGACCCGCAGCAUCUUCACGGAGCCGCCACGGCCUGGCAGGGGCCCACACCCCACUCCAGGACAGGAUGGGGGCAGGACUCGGCCCCUGAGCCCCUCUGCCCUGGGCUGGCGACUCUGGCCCCAGGUGUGUGCGGUGACAGCAGGCAGGUGGGCACCCACCUCGGACAGCGGCUCGUGUGUGGUCAGCUGGGGAAGGGAUGGACCUGGCGCAGCUGGACCUGAACCCCAGAAUUGUCGCUGCAGCCGGAAGAGCCAAGCUGAGCUCCGUGAGGGACGUCUUGCACUUCUCGGCGCCCGAUCUGCAGCGGCUGACCGGCCUCUCCGGCCCUGACGUCCAGCACCUGCUCAGGACAGCAGCCUCACACCUUCGGGGACACGCGGUCGUCACAGCGCUGCACCUGCUCCAGCAGAAGGCACGCUUCCCGGGGCAGCACCAGCGCUUGAGCCUGGGCUGCCCCGUGCUGGACGGGCUCCUGGGCGGCGGCCUGCCCCUGGAGGGCAUCACGGAGCUGGCCGGCCGCAGUUCGGCGGGCAAAACCCAGCUGGCGCUGCAGCUCUGCCUGGCGGUGCAGCUGCCGGAGCAGCAUGGCGGCCUGGCAGCAGGCGCCGUCUACGUGUGCACGGAGGACGCCUUCCCGCACCGGCGCCUGCAGCAGCUCGUGGCCCAACAGCAGCGGCUGCGCCAGGACGUGCCCGGGGCCGUGCUCGGGGCCGUCCGCUUCGGAGACCAGAUCUUCGUGGAGCACGCGGCUGACGUGGUGAGUUGCGACGCCCCGGGAGGCGCCUGCGGGCUGGGCGCAAGACGAGCGGGGCUCCGGGGGGAGCUCCGGGGGCCACAGACCACCACCGGCUCCCCGCCCACGGCCUGGUCUCCGGAGUGACCCCUACAGUCGGCUGCACCCCAGCCCCCCCACACUAGGGGGCACCUAGGAAGAACUUCAGGGGCAAGAUCGAGCCGUAUAAACUUUUUAAUUUUGGAAAAAUGUACAGUAGAGCAGUCCGCCCAGGGCCGACGGGAGCCGGGGUGCGGUCAGCC